UAUUUCAGCACUGAAGGAUUAGCGGAAGUUUAUUAUUAUGUUUCUGGAGUUUUUUAUUCAUAUAUUUGCAUGCAUUUUUCAAUUUUCAUGUGUGCUAAUACAUUUAAGAAUGCCUGAAAAGAUACCAUUUUAAGCCGGAUCAUAAGUGAUGAGUUGAUCAUGUGCUUAUAAAUACAAACGCUUAAAGGUACUUAACAUUCAGUGUAGAACAUCAUAACGUUAAGUAAAUUACGCAGACGUAAUGGCGGAUACUAUUUCUUGUGCAGUUCUUAUUGUUUUCCUUGUGUGCGGUUCGAAUUGUAGAAGUAUUGUCAGGAGAGAGGUUCCAUCUGUUUCAAACGGGCAAAUUGUUGGAACAGUCGGGUCGCAUCAUAUUGUUGAGGCAUCCGGUUUAGCUGCUAGUCGACAACACCCAGGUUUACUUUAUACUCACAACGAUCACGGUUCUGACGCGGAAAUCUUUGUCAUCACCAAGACUGGACACCGAGAAUCCACCAUCACAUUGACGGGAAUCACUCACAACGACCUUGAAGAUAUUGCUCUUGGUCCAUGCGCUGCCGGAAGCGCUGAUGAUUGUUUAUACAUAGGCGACAUUGGCAACGCGGGUGGCCAUGCAAGAAACAAUGUGUAUCGAGUCCGAGAGCCGAGCGACCUUCAACAUGAUACAACAAUCCACGUCUCAGAUAAGGACAAACUAGAGUUUAAAUGGAAUGAGACAGAUAGUGAGACAAUAAUGGUGGACCCAAAUGCAAACCUGUACAUCAUAUCAAAGGCACCUAAUGGACGAGGUAUCAUUGCACAGUUGCCUAAUUCAGCCUGGGGAACGGGUAACAGAGUGGCGAUUUCUUCGACCGCACAACUGAACAUUGACUCCACCCAUAAUGACCCCGUGGGAGGUGAUAUUUCACCCUCAGGGAAUAGGGUUCUCAUAAAGGCUCAGGAGAGCGUGUACUAUUGGGACGUCAUGGCCGAACACGACUAUCUUAGCGUACUGCAGACCCCGGGGGUCAAGCUACCUUACAUUCAGGAGCCCAAGGGUCAGAGUAUCUGCUGGAGCGCUGACGAACAUGGCUAUUACACCCUCGGAGAAGGAAAGGACCAGCCACUGUAUCUUUACACAUUUACAGAGUCGCCUAUUGUGGGAUAAACUGCGACUCUCUUUUUCCAUGACUCAACUUCACAACAUCGCCACCCAUUAUAUUAUACAAGCAUCAUUGCACAUGGGCAUAAAUAUUUUUACUUGAUAUGUAUUCUAGGCCGGUAUAAAUGUCAUGCUAUUUUAUUAUAUUAAAAAUUGGAACAAAACGCAUAUCACCUUUCAUUAUUUCAGUGGGUUAUAUGUUAUUAAAUGAACCUACAAACUAGAGCACGCGAAAGAAACUUUACAUGAGCAUGUAAAAGCGAUUCUAUGAUAUUUAUAGGCUACUAAUUAAAUAAAAAAGUGCUUGUUUUAACAUGUUCAAAACUUAACUAGAAAGCUAAGGUUUUAUUUUGAGCAACAAUUGUAAAUUGUAACUGCCAUGUGCCUGUCGUCCAUUGUGUUAAAGUGACUCAAAUAUACUCAGUGUUACAUGUAAUUUAAGAACAAUGGAGUAAGAGUAUUUGAAUUGAUAUUGAAUUGAAUUGAUAUACUUUUUAAUUUAUUGUAUUAUAGCUUUUGUAAACAAAAAUAAAUUACAUACUGAAUAAAUCGUCCAAAUACAAAUCAACGGAAGAAAAU